CUUUUCUAGCACCUCCUGCUGUACUGAGUUUCUUGUAAACGUGUCGUGCAGAAUGCAGCAAUACAAACGGUAAAUCAAAAUUUAGUUUCUUUUUCUCUUCCCGUCUCCACUGAGUAAAACUCCACCUCCACGCUCUCUCAUUUAUACACGGAAACACAAACGCUUCUCACGCGCUCUCACAGACACAAGAACAGUUCAGAAAGGUCCAUCGAAAGAAUAAUGAGCACCGAUCUCUGCUGUCUGUCUGCUGUCACAUUUUAUAUCGUCUGUGUCGGAACAGUGUUGUCAGAUAAGCUCCCACCCCCUGACAAUGUGAGAGUAAUAUCACUGGACAUGGGAUUAGUGUUGGAAUGGGAUCCACCACAAAGCAUCACUCAUAAACACUUAAGCUACACUGCAGAACUCAAAGGGUGGAAUCGCUAUGAGGCUGUAUGUGCAAACAGCUCAACACUAAGCUGCGAUUUCACUGACAACGUCACAGUUUUUGGGACUUACCAGCUUCGUGUUCGGACAGAACUACAUGGACAGAUGUCUGACUGGGUGGAGACUAAUGAGUUAUCAUUGGAUAAAAUAACUGAGGUCAGUUCUCCUCAUGUGCAGCUGAAGAGCAGAAAAGGCCAAACAGAAGUUGAUAUCACUGAUCCUCUUAUGAGAAGAAAAAACCUCAGGGAUGUGUUCGGGAACAUUGCAUACCUCAUCCGAUUUUGGAAAAAAGGAGAUGUGAAAAAGGAGGAAUUAAGCAGAGAACAGAACAGAGUUAUAUUAUCUGGACUGGAGCCUCUGGUAAACUACUGCGUCCAGGUAGAGAUUUUGUAUUUGAAAAAUAAAACCAGCCAGCCCAGCAACGAGACCUGUGUGACCAACACACCCAGCAAUGAGGUGGAGCCCUGGCUGAUAACAGUCGUGCUGCUGGUCAGUUUUGUGGUGGUGUUGUGCGUUGUCGUCCUAGUCUUUCUGGCUGUGUGGUUCAGCUAUAAAGGAUGCAGAAUCAUGUACCCUGAUGCCAAACUGCCAGAGCAUCUCAAACAGUAUUUGUCCGAGCGGCCACAGUCCUCUAUAUUCCUGGCCAUGCAGAACAGCACCCAGCUGAAGGAGCACUUUCAUGAGGUCAGCAUAUAUCAUGAAGAGCCCACCAGCUCACAGGACACUCAGCAGACAGAUCGACCAAUCAGGAUUCAAGCAAACAUGGACGAGACACAGAGUGGUGUGGAGAGACCUGAAAGCACCGUCACUUCAUCAGAUGAUGAAGAGGAGCAGUUACUCGAUGUAAAGAGACUGUAGUACAUCAUGCCAUAUUAAUUUUUUAUUUAAUCUGUUAAGAACUGUUAUUGAGGUUAACAGAUCAACAAACCUGUGGCUUCCUAAAUAAAAGAUGAUAAGAGUACUAAUAAAGUUCAUUUUUUACUAAAAGAACACCAGGACUACCAGGGCUGCUUGUGGAUGGUGUUUCAACAAAUUCAGUAGUAACAGUAUUGGUGUGACUUCUAUUGGUUGAUAGGAUGGGGUAAAUUACAUAUUGAUUUUUCAAUUAACCGCGAUCAUCUUCUGAACAAUUCCAAUCCCAAAAUCGUUAUUUUACUCGAUGCUAGGUAUUUCUUAAAAGAAAUUAAGCCUAUUUUUAGAAACAUUAAGAUGUUUUACAUUGUUAAAUGAUUUUCUUGACAAUUAAGUAUAUUUCCCCCAAAUCUCAUUGUCAGUACUGUCAUGUGAAAAUGAUAAUGACAAAUGAUUUAAAUUGUAAAGUGUACAGCUUUAGGGCAUGGUAAAAAUAUUGAUCUUCUGAUUAACCACAACCUUUGUUUGAACGAUUCCAAUAUUGAUUCUUAAAAUCUCAAGAUCAUUAUUUUACUCUAUGCACAACCCUCUACAGUGCAAGUAAAUCACUUCCAAAUGUGACCACAUUUUGUGCGAUGUAACUAAAAAUGUUUACAUUGUCUGAUAAGCCACUGGCUGGUAAAUUUUCAGAUUUCACUCACCAGUGAUUUAGUAUAUUGGAGGAAAAGUUUAACACCGAGAUCCUUUCACUGCGUGUUGAGAAUUUGGUUUGAAUCGUUCCAACGAUGAGAUCCAUGCAAUCCAUUUGUCUGAAUAAUAUCUCUUUUAAAGCUGAUGUAAUUCCUGCACCACUAGCGCCACCAAAAGGAAUUCCAAAAAUAAAUGUUGUUUUCAAAACAGCUUUCUGAACACCCCCCCACCCCCAAACAAAGAGAUAGUCCCGCCCUGAAAUCACACCAUUGGUUGAGUAAUAUUGAUGAGGCGGGUCUAACCGGUUCUCUCAAAACAAACAGAGCAAUUUUCACGGCGCCACAGAGACAAAACAUAUACAGUUUUCAAGAAAAUUAACCUCUGAAUGGCUUACUUAUAGUUGUCUCUGCAUAAAAAUAAUACAUACGACUCCAGUGGUUACAUCCAUGUGUUCAUACAUGAUAUGAUAGGUGUGGGUGAGAAACAGAUCCAUUUUAAGUCAUUUUUAUCAUAAAUUCUCCACUCUGCCCAGUAGGGGGUGAUAUGCAUUAAGACUGUGAAUCACCAAAAACAGAAGAAGAAGAAUGAGAAAGUGAAACUGAAGUGGAGAUUGACUGAUCAGGGAGGAGAAUUUAGAGUAAAAAAGGACUUAAAUAUUCAUCUGUUUCUCACCCACACCUAUCAUAUCGCUUCAAAAGACAUUAACCACUGGAGUCGUAUGGAUACUUUUAUGCCCUUAUGUGGAUUUUGGAGCUUCAAAAUGUUGGCACCCAUUCACUUGCAUUGUAUGGACCUACAGAGCUGAAAUAUUCUUCUAAAUAUCUUAAUUUGUGUUAUGAAGAUUAAAGAAAGUCAUACACAUCUGGAAUGGCAUGAGGGUGAAUAAAUGAUGAGAGAAUUUUCAUUUUUGGGAGAACUGUUCCUUUAAAGUGUUUAGAUAGCUGAAAGUGCAACAACAAGUGGACUCAUGAACCACAGUAAUGAAGUGAGACAGCUGUAUAUGUGCAGUUCUAAAAACUGUAGCACACAUCUUAUCUCUGGUAGAUGAACUACAUUUUUGCAAACUAACAGUAAGUUUGAUAGGUAGAGUUUUGCUGGCUAGUUAAGUCAGAGUAUUUCUUUACAGGCUCUAAAAGUGAUUAUAGAUCUGUCACAGUCUUGGUGAGUUCGCCAGCUUUUUCUGUUUGUUUUGGUUGUCAUCCCCUUGUGUUUCACAGGUGCUGCCCGGCAGGCGUGAUCAGCGUUUCCAUGGGAAACUCAUCAGCAGACCGAUGGCACCUGUUCCAUAUUAUUUGCCUCCUUAUUUAAACCCUCUCAUCGCUCUUGUUCAGUGAUAGAUUGUUGUGUGUGUGUCGAGUUACUCACCUCACGCUCUCUGCCUCAGUUGGUUUGUUUCUCUCUGUGUUGGUUUAUCCGGCUCUCAAUAUAUCCAGUGUCAUUGCCUGCCAUUUGACUGACUGCUCUCCACCUGGGUGUCCCUCACACUACACACAUCUCCACAACCACAACGCACACACCUCCAUGUACACACUCUUCAUCAUCACGCUGCAGUCAGUGCUGGGUCCAUCCCAGCGCUUUCUUCACCACAUACAUUAUACAUUGUUACUAAUAAACUUUGUGAACUGUA